UAGAGAGAGGGGGAGAGAGAGAGCGCUCCUCCUCUUCCUCCGUUUCUCGUCCACCACUCAUCCCGAAACGCCAAGGUAAGACGGUCCUCACGACGGAGUCCUCUCAUCGUUCCUCCCCUCGCAUAAUGGAAACUGAACUGAAACAGCUGUGACUCGCUUUAAGAAAUAACCAAACCCACGACUUGUUACUAAAGCGGCUCCGGAAGAAGGUCGUGCUUCUUUGGAUGGAGAAUUUUGAAUCGAUGGUGAAUGAGCUGAAGUCAAGCUGGUUGUGAAGGUGCUGGACUUGCUCCCCCCUACAUCCCAAGCCGGACACAACAUGGCGGCGGGAGUAGCGGCAUGGCUUCCCUUCGCCCGGGCGGCCGCGAUCGGCUGGAUGCCCGUGGCCAAUUUGCCCAUGCCAGUGGCUCCCACUGAAAAGAACAAGAGGCAGGAUGAGCUCAUCAUUCUCAAUGUCAGUGGACGGCGCUUUCAGACUUGGAAGAACACGUUGGACCGCUACCCAGACACACUGCUGGGCAGCUCGGAGAAGGAGUUCUUCUACAAUGAGGAGACCAAAGAGUACUUCUUCGACCGUGACCCUGACAUGUUCCGCAGCGUGCUCAACUUCUACCGCACAGGCAAGCUCCACUAUCCACGCUCUGAGUGCAUCUCCUCCUAUGACGAGGAGCUGGCCUUUUUCGGCAUCAUCCCAGAGAUCAUUGGUGACUGUUGCUACGAAGAGUACAAGGACAGGAAGAGGGAGAAUGCGGAGCGCCUGAUGGAUGACCAGGAGGACAACAAGGAUGCUAAGCUGCCCAACAUGACCUUCAGGGAAACCAUGUGGCGGGCGUUCGAGAACCCUCACACUUCCACCAUGGCUCUUGUCUUCUACUAUGUCACCGGCUUCUUCAUCGCUGUCUCGGUCAUCACCAACGUGGUAGAGACGGUGCCAUGUGGGUCAGCACCCAACCAGAAGGAAGUGCCAUGUGGUGAGCGCUACACUGUGGCCUUUUUCUGCAUGGACACCGCCUGUGUCAUGAUCUUCACCGUGGAGUACCUGAUGCGCUUGUUCGCUGCGCCCAGCCGCUACCGUUUCAUGAGAUCUGUCAUGAGCAUCAUCGACGUGGUGGCCAUCCUACCCUACUACAUUGGCCUGGUGAUGACUGACAACGAGGACGUGAGUGGCGCUUUCGUGACCCUCCGUGUUUUCCGCGUGUUCCGUAUCUUUAAGUUCUCCCGUCACUCGCAGGGCCUGCGCAUCCUGGGCUACACACUGAAGAGCUGUGCCUCGGAGCUGGGCUUCCUGCUCUUCUCACUCACUAUGGCCAUAAUUAUCUUUGCUACCGUCAUGUUCUACGCAGAGAAGGGUUCAAGCUCCAGCAAAUUCACCAGCAUCCCAGCCUCCUUCUGGUACACCAUCGUUACUAUGACAACGCUCGGGUACGGAGACAUGGUUCCCAAGACGAUCGCGGGGAAGAUCUUCGGUUCAAUCUGCUCACUGAGUGGGGUGCUGGUAAUUGCCCUGCCUGUCCCUGUCAUCGUGUCCAACUUUAGCCGCAUCUAUCACCAGAACCAGAGAGCAGACAAGCGGCGGGCGCAGAAGGUACAGAAAGCCCGCCUGGCCAGAAUACGAAUAUCCAAGACAGGAAGCUCCAAUGCUUUCCUACACAGCAAGCGCAAUGGCCUGUUCAACGAAGCUCUGGAGCUCACGCAACUUCCAUACAAGAUGAACUUUUCAGAUCAGAAUUCCACUGAGGAGGAGCAACGUUUAAGCAAGUCUACCUCUCUAUUAGAGAGCCAGCACCACCACCUGCUGCACUGUCUGGAGAAAACCACUAACCAUGAGUUUGUGGAUGAGCAGUAUUACCAGCAGAGUUAUCUGGAGGCAGGGCUGCAGAACUACCCGUCUCGAAGCCCCUCCAUCUCCAGCCAGGACGGCGUGACGGGGACAUGCUGCACCCGCCGGAGCAAGAAGCACCACACCCCCCUACCGAACGCCAGUGCCCCGGCACACAUGCAGCCUUUGACGCACACACACCAACAAGGCUUGCAGGAGCUCAGCACCAUCCACAUCCAGCCCCUCAGCACCAGCCGCUCCAGUCUGAACAUGCGCGUAGAUGAGCCAGCGCCUCUGAACUGCCAGGGCAGCCAGAUCACCACAGCGAUCAUCAGCAUUCCCACGCCACCUGUGACGACUCCCGAGGGCGACGCUCAUCUGCCCGCAGCCCACACCCACCAAAACGUUGUGAAGGUGUCCGCACUGUGAAGACUAAUGUGCAGGCGCGUCACACAGAAAAGACUCAUCGAGACGGACUGAGGGACGGAGGAGGACUGAGAAUGAUGGAGAAGGUGUUCAGAGUCCUAGUCUGGCCCUGGUGAAGCCUGCCCUCUUCUGGUCAUGUACUGUAACGACAUGGACUCCCUGUACAGACAGAGGAUGGCUUUUAGAUACAGUAUCUUCAUGUUAGUGGUUGGCAAACGUGUGUGUGCGAGCGUGUGCACGGGCGAAAGAGCGGGGAAAUGUUUGCAGGGAGUUGUUGUGGGUGAGAAGGCGAGCGAGUGCGUGCCUCCCAAGUGUCCGACGUGAGUUCCCAGAGUAAGUCAUGUGUCACUGUGCACAAAGCACCUUUUUUAUGAUUUCAGUUUCACGCUUUUUUUAGCAGGAGAAAUGAAAGAGUAUGAGGGGAAACUCAAAGGGAAAGAACAAAUCCAAAACAUCUUUUCCCCCCGCCGAUUCAAUCCCGUCAUUGUUUUGUGUCAUUUUUGGUCCACUUGCCCGUCAGUAGAUGAAUAUACCACCAUUCAUUUUCAGGUCCAACGUGAGCUGAAAUUCUUACAAAGAUGAAACCCGGUGGGUGUGUCUGCAAUGGCGUUUCCAGUGAGUUUCGUAUUUGUGAACGAGUGCAUGUGAAUUUUUGCUAGAUUUGUGACAUUUCGGACCGGAGGUGCGUUCGUGCGUGGGUGCGUGCGUGUGUGCGUGUUUGUCUCAGCUGAUUGAAAACUUGUGUUUCAAUUCCUCUGGAAGUCUCUACGGCUCAAUAUAUGGUAUAUUUGACUAGCUGCCACUCUUAAGGGUUCGCUGAACACAUUUCUGUCCAAAAUUCUCAGCUCCAAGGCUUCUCACACGACAUGUGCCUGUUUUGCUGGAGUAAAAAGAGAUGUGUUUGCUUUUGUGGUUUCCACAGUUUCUCCCCCCCGUUCUAUUCCCCUUUGGCUCCUACAGCCCGACGGACCUCAAAUAACUCAACUUCUCUAACAGAGAAACACACACAAAAAAAGAGUACAUUUUUGAAUUCUAACCACCGCGAUUAAAAGCACAAGACGUUUGCUGAGAAUUUCAGACACAAAUCUGUCCUGAGCCUGUGAUCUUUGUGAAUAUUGUUAAUAGAAUAUUUUGUAAUAUUUGACCUUUGUUUGGCAGAACCAGUGAAGCUGUCCUCUCGUUCUCUCUCUUUCUUCCCCUCACUCUGUCUUUCUCUAUUUCUCCUUCUUUCUCUAACUCUCUCUCUCUCGUUGUUGUCCUGUUGUAACCCUACCUCCUGUGUGAUCAACAGUAUGCUUUCAGUAGUCUUUAUAGCUGUCGACGUUUUUUCUUCCCCAAACUCAGCGGGCAUUUUUCAAAGUUGUUGAGAAUGUGUACUCUAUGUGGUUAGGAAAAAACUUGGUGUUUGUAAUUUUUGUCCUCCUUGGUGUUUCAAAAGGAUUUUAUUUACUUUUAUCUUCUGGGGAGAAUUUUAAGCAGGGAAGUCUGUUGUUAACUUGACCGCAGAGACAUAGAGGACACUGGAAGAACCAUCCACAGAUCUCUGUCACAAAAAAAAAAAAAAAUACCCAUGAUGUUCAAUCUUUUCUCUCAACUACCGCACCAAUGACUUAAGUAUUAUUUUCAUCAAAUCCUGUCAGAGCUGACCUUUGUAACUAUGGACGAUGACCUUUUUGGCUAACCUCCAAGCUGAUGCCGGUCUGUUGGCCUUUUUUUUCGUCUUGAAUGUCACUUUGGGUUCUGCAGGCCCGGAGGCCGUUACUAAAGUUGGAUGCGACCAAUGCUGGGAGUUUCACCAAAACAGGGAAGAGCAGCUUCUGUCACAGUGGGUGAAAGACCCACUUCUGCUCCAUGUAGAUUAAAUAAAAUGGUGUUCAAGAGCACACAGUCUGCAUAUUUCAAAAGCAAUACUGGAAUUGGGUCUGAUAUAUUAUGUCUACCCACAUGUAGCUGUUUGUUUUUCUUGUAGAAUUAUUUAAAGCGAGUGUUAAACUGGCAGCAAAUGCAUCACGGUCUUUUAAAAAUAGAGAUAUAUAUGUAUUAGCUUAAAAUUGAGGCAGAACUCCACAAAACACAUAUCAGCACAUCAGCCACAGGUGGAAAUGUGUGACAAACCAUAUCAGUGCAUCAUUAAAGGUCCUCUGAUGUGCUUUAGUUCUCUCUGAUCUUGAGGUGAGAACCAACCAAAAGACAGACAAAACAGAAUUGGGGCGAGACGUGGUUUACCUCUGAUGUUUCUAGUACGAGCGCUGGUAAUGUAGUAUUGCACACACAGUGACAACUGCCUAGAUCCAGUGUUAGCGUUUAGUCAAGCUGUGCGCAAAUUUCUGAGAAGAAAAAAAAGACGAGCACAGACAGUCAGAGCUUUUCAGUGUAUUUCAAAGGGACAUUGACUUCAUAUUCACAGCAUAGAGUCCGACAUUUACAGUCUAUUGGAAACUACAACAAGAGUAUGACAUAGGUAACAGCAGAAGCGAGGCUCCCUGUAUUUUGUUGCUAACGACAGUAAUUAAACGUGAUUAAUCUCCUGCUUCCCUGUUUCAGGACAGGUUGUUUUGUGUCAGCUGCACUUUCAAAUGACACAGUUUAAAAUAUUAUGUGAGCAUAUAUUCCGCUUAAAGUGUCAAAGGAUUGCUUUUUUUUUUGUUUUUUAAGUUUUGAAGUUUAUUUACAAAUGACAAAAACAGGUCUGUGGUUGUGUUUGUCUCUCUCUUUCUCUGUUAUGUAUUCUCCUUUGAUUGUCUCUUUUCUGGGCUCACUCAGUUUUCCUCUGACUCUUUUGCUUUGCCCUCCUAUGCCACCUGUCGUUGUUGAGACUACUGCUGUGCGUAUCUUGUCAGGUGUUGGAUAUUAUUUAUGACCUUGUCUUGUGUCCUGGCUGUGAAACGCCUGAUAAAAACAUCUAUAUCUGCCACAAA